ACCGACGCCUUCUUUCGUCAAUCUCUCACUUUCCAUUGGAGGAAACUCUCCAGAAGGCGGGACCUAGCCCUCCUCCGCGGCUCCGGACUGGUGCGUGUCGUUGUCGGUUAACCCCGGGGGGUCGUCACCGUGGAGGGAGGAAGGCUGAGGAGGCACACGACAUCACCACCCAGGAGAGCAAAGUGGCCCUUAUGAUCCUGGUUCUUCUCCAUCAGUCCAUGUCGGGAAGCUCCCGGACUCCUACGGAGACAAAGCGACUGUGAUCCACGGGUCUGAUUCCUGGAUCGUUCCGUUGUGUUGGAGGAGCAUCACUGUGCAUCCCGGGGAUUGAUCUGCUCUGGAGAACAACAACACACGACGUCGAAAGAAGCGGAGGAUAGUUGGCCGCACCAGAGAUCUGAAGACGGUCUGGACGACGGAGACCUAGCUGCUAUCGCUGCUCCGGUUCAAGCGGCUGCUCCGUCAUGGGAGAAUGAAGGAGGCGGGCCGAUGGCAGCAGUGAGGUUGGGGUCCGGGCGUGGCGGGCAGCAUGCUUAGCGCCGCCCCCCCCUCCCAGAGGAGGAGGAGGAGGAGGAGGAGGAGCGGGGCGGGAUGGUCCGCCCCACGCUCAGCGCCCCCGCCGCGCCCCCCCCCGUCCAGACCGCCGUCCACGCCGCCCUCGUCGGACUGCUGAACCUGUCGGCCACGCCCCCCCCCGGCGGCAUGGAGGGGAACGCCACGGAGAGCUCCUCCCCCCGGCCCACGGCCGCGCCCCCGCCCCCGGGCGUGGGGCUGCCCCUCCAGGUAUUCUUCUGCCUGGCCCUGGUGGUGGUGCUGCUCAUGGCGUUGCUAGGCAACGUGGUGGUGUGCCUGAUGGUGUACCGGCGCUCCGCCAUGCGCUCCGCCAUCAACAUCCUGCUGGCCAGCCUGGCGCUGGCCGACGCCCUGCUGGCCGCGCUCAGCAUGCCGCUGGCGCUGGUCACCGUGGUGACCACGCGCUGGGUGUUCGGCGACACCUUCUGCCGCGUGUCGGCCAUGCUCUUCUGGCUGCUGGUGGUGGAGGGCUCGGCCAUCCUGCUCAUCAUCAGCGUGGACCGCUUCCUCAUCAUCGUGCAGAAGCAGGACCGGCUGAGUCCGCGGCGGGCCAAGGCGCUGGUGGUCGUGUCCUGGGCGCUGGCCUUCGCCCUGGCCUUCCCGCUGGCCGUGGGCCACCCGUCGCUGCCCGUGCCGUCGCGGGCGCCGCAGUGCGUGUUCGGCUACAGCCCCGAGGCGGCGUACCGCGGCUACGUGGUGACGCUGACGCUGGCCUUCUUCUUCGUGCCCUUCGCCGUCAUGCUGUACACCUUCCUGGGCAUCCUGAGCACGCUGCGGCACAACGCGGUCCGCGUCCACAGCCACACCGACAGCAUCUGCCUCAGCCAGGCCAGCAAGCUGGGCCUCAUGAGCCUGCAGCGCCCCUUCCAGAUGCACAUCGACAUGGGCUUCAAGACGCGCGCCUUCACCACCAUCCUCAUCCUGUUCUCGGUGUUCACCGUGUGCUGGGCGCCCUUCGCGGCCUACAGCCUGCUGGCCACCUUCAGCAGCGCCUUCUACCACAAGGACGGCUUCUUCCAGACCAGCGCCUGGCUGCUCUGGCUGUGCUACCUCCGGCCCGCCCUCAACCCGCUCAUCUACUACUGGCAGAUCAAGAAGUUCCGCGACGCCUGCCUGGACCUCAUGCCCAAGUACUUCAAGUUCCUCCCGCAGCUGCCGGGCCACACCAAGCGUCGCAUACAGCCCAGCGCCGUGUACGUCUGUGGGGAGCACCGCUCGGUGGUGUAGCGCCACCAGGGGGCGCUGUCCCCUGAUCUGGGGGGCCCCCGGGGAAACCCACUUCUUGGUGGGCCCCGCCUGAUAUGCAUAUUAUCAGGGUUGUGGAAGAUUGCAGACAUGUAAGCUGUUGUAGAUAUUUGAGGAUACACUUUUGAUAAGUGUGUGUGUGUGUGUGUGUGUGUGUGUGUGUGUGUGUGUGUGUGUGUGUGUGUGUGUGUGUGUGUGUGUGUGUGUGUGUGUGUGUGUGUGUGUGUGUGUGUGUGUGUGUGUGUGGACUACCUAAUGAUUCGUAGCCACAAGUAAACCAAUUUGAAUCAUUCCUGCCGUCACUGGGACGGUGAUAUGUCAGCCGUUGGGGUUGAGGUUCGGUGGGUUUCUGGGGGUGAAUGAUCUGCGCUCCAGAGGGCGUCAGGGGCCGAAGAGGCUGGGAGCCACUGAGGUGAGGAAGGCUUUCAGCUCCUCACCCAUCUGCCAAAUCUUGAAGCGGUGGUGCGUCGUUUUUCCAUGGCUUGUAUAAUAUCUGCUUACGUGCGUUUUAAUCAUGUUCUAUAAAUGGCCACAUUACAAGAAUUAUACCUGAUUUAACUGUGGAUUUCUGUCGAUUGUGUUUUUUUUAUAUGUGCCUAUUGAUGAUUAGCCUACUUGCCGGUCAGACUGCUGCUAUAUCUAGUGAACAUGUGCAAUUACAGUGUACUGUACUUCAGUUGAAUGUAAUAAAAACAGGCAUUUCUUACCUUGUUAA